AUGGUUCCAAAAUUGUUCACUUCCCAAAUUUGUCUGCUUCUUCUGUUGGGGCUUAUGGGUGUGGAGGGCUCACUCCAUGCCAGACCCCCAGAGUUUACAAGGGCUCAGUGGUUUGCCAUCCAGCACAUCAAUAUGAAUCCCCCUUCAUGCAACAUUGCAAUGCGGGUAAUUAACAAGUAUCAACGGUGUUGCGAAAAGCAAAAUACUUUUCUUCGUACAACUUUUGCAAAUGUAGUUAAUGUUUGUCGUAACCCAAGUAUACCCUGCCUUCAUAACAGAACUCUCCAAAAUUGUCAUCGUAGUAGCGUCCAGGUGCCUUUACUCCAGUGUAAACACAUAAAUAGAGGUGCACAGAAUGUUUCAACCUGCGAGUAUGCAGACAUGCAAGGACAGAGUUCCUAUGUAGUUGCAUGUGAAAACAGAGAUCCACGGGAUCCUCCACAGUAUCCAGUGGUUCCAGUACUCCUGGAUGGAAUCAUCUAAGCUCCUGUAUCAGCACUCCUCAUCAUCACUCAUCUGCCAACCUCCUCAAUCAUAGCCAAGAUCCCAUCCCUCUAUGUACCCUGGGUAUCAGCA